AUCGCCUUCCGGAUCCCCCCGCCGCCCCAGGUCCGCGGGAGGAGGAGAGACGAUGCUGCGCUCGCUGGUCCGGCGCUGGAGCGUGGCGGUGUUCCUGCUCAGCUACUACUCCGUGCCCUGCUGCGGGCGCGCGGUGGACGGGCUCGGCCGCCGGCUCAAGCGGGCUGUGUCAGAGCACCAGCUUCUCCAUGACAAGGGCAAGUCCAUUCAGGACCUGAGACGCCGCUACUUCCUCCACCAUCUCAUCGCCGAGAUCCACACGGCCGAGAUCAGAGCCACUUCAGAGGUGUCCCCCAACUCUAAACCUCCCCCAAACACCAAGAACCAUCCAGUCCAACUUGGAGGCAGCGACGAGGGCAGAUACCUAACUCAGGAAACCAACAAGGUGGAGCCUUACAAGGAGCAGCCCCUCAAAACCCCUGGGAAGAAGAAGAAAGCCAAGCCUGGCAAGCGCAAAGAGCAGGAGAAGAAGAAAAGAAGAACUCGAUCUGCCCUGAGGGACCAAGGAGCCACCAGCAUGGAGUUCGAAGGGGCCCACCACACUGACCCCUCAGCCACGUGGCUGCAGCUCCAUUCAAGGACAUACUGAAAUUUUCAGCCGAAAACUUCCAAGGACGAAUUACAGGAUUUUGUAAUAGUAAACAUAUGGAAAGUAUUAGAAAUAUUUAUUAUCUGUAAAUACUGUAAAUGCAUUAGAAUAAAGCUGUCAUCUCCA